AUGAGAUAUAACUUCCUCAUUGCCACAUUGGCACUAUUAUUUGCCUUUGGACUUUCUUCGACCAAUGCCAUUAAUCCAUUGACCAGCAGUGAGCUCACAGCAAUCAGGUGGCUUAUCUCACAAUACCAACUCGAUUGGGAUGGAUAUGCCACACCAGCGACAUGUAAUAUCAUAGCACUUGGCUCCAAGAACAAACUAGAAUGCACCGUCUCAAACACCCGAUAUACUGUGUCAUCAAUUAAUAUUACUGAUGCUGGAUCCGCCUCUCAGGACCAAGGUUUUCCUGACCAGAGUUUAACAGCACUGCAGUUUCCAAAUAUGGCCUAUUUGACCAUUCGCACUACAAACUAUGCAGCAAAGAACCAAUCCAUUCAAAUUAUUGACUUGCUUGACAAUAUUAUAAAUUCCAAGUUACGAUCACUCGAGAUUACUGGACCAUCCCAGAUCAUGGUCGUUGACCCUUCUUGGCCCAAGUACCUUAACAGCACUUUAGCCUAUCUCACUUUAACCAAUCUCCAAUUGGGAUCGAAUCUGCCAAUCAAAUUCCCAAGCUUGUAUGAAUUGACAGUUACUGGUAUUACCUUUGCCAAUCCUGCCAACAGCGUGUCAUUUCCAUUGUCAUCAUACUCUUCCAUCCACAGGAUUAUUUUGGAAUACCCAGCAGACACAUCCACGACAACUCUUUCAUGUAAUUCAUUAACCUUCCCCAAUAUUUUAUCAAUCCAAAUCUCAACACACAAGGCCAUAACUUUGAAUGUUGCCAACAACUGGAUUGAAAAUGUGUUCCUUGACUCAAUGAAUGCCACAUCGGCCUUAAGCAUCUCGCCAGCCACCGUUUAUCUAAGAUCUUUGAGUGUCAGGAAUGCUGUAGUAAGUCCAGCAAACCUCACCAAGUUUGUUAAUUUAAACUCAGUGUCAUUCGUAGCAGUUACCAUGCCAACUGAUUUCCCACCACUCAACCAACUGUAUGUUUGA